GAAGUGUCGCAUUUGGGGGCUUUGGAGAUGCCAAGGAUGAAUGAUAAUUCUCCCCACCAACAUCAACACCAGUCUUCAGAGCAACGUAAUGGUCAAAUAUUCCUAUCUACCCUAGGCGGCGUCCUUCUCGAGAAAACCGUUUCUGUUGUUUCGGCUUUAUCAUCGUGGGUGUGUCUGUGCGCCGAUGGGCUGACCUGGUUGGUCAUCGCUUGAUUGUCAACACCUAUCCAAUUUCUCGCUGGUCUUUUGCUUGGGGAAUAUCAAACCUCCGAUCUGGAUUUUUCCUUCCUUUUACAUUCUUCUUUUUCUUUAAAAAAAAUUGCCUCCGAAUAAAUCGAUAUCACUUACCUCCUCAAUAUUCCAUGCCAAUCAUCGUCGUUCUCCCGAUAAUGCUCAUCACUACAAGUUCACGAACCAGCUGGCUUCACAUUGCUUCAAAUCAGCAUGACUUGUUCUUGACACUCAAAACUGAGUCUUGGCCAUGCGUCCAUGCCGUUUCGAUACCAGAACAGCCGGGUCGGGUAUUGUGUCCGGCUUUUGGCGGCCUGAGAGAGGCGAAGACGGCACGGUUGAAGACGUUGGACUUCAUCGGCCCGCUUCCAGACCACCACCAGAAGAAACAAGAAACGGCGUUUCAACCAAUGCUCAUAAUGUUGUUGUGUGUCAGGUCUUCGGUGAUGGUGGGCGGCACAGCGAGGCUAAUAAUAAGGAUGUUGAAGGCCUGAACAACGUCCGACAACCUGGGCCAGAUGGCAUUCUGACCAUCACCAUCGUUUUGUGUAAUUUUCUCAACUCGUUGUUUUGCACGAUUAAUUGGUCACACCAAAAUGAAGAUUCAAGAAGACCAGAUCAAGUCAGUUGGGCUUACGCUGCUAUAUGAGCCUGACGGACCAAUCGAUCCAGCCGUUGAUAUUAUCUUGGUCCAUGGCAUGGGCGGCCAUCCUGUCAGGUCAUGGAAGUGCUUUGACGAAGGGCAAACGCCAACACCCAUCACGCCAAUACAUCCCUCAUCAACACAAGGGAAGAGACUGAGAAAGCCGCCUCCUACAGCGCAACUCAGGCGAACGAACUCGGAGCCGUUACUUGCCAAAGAGGAAGGCUUUGUUAGCAGAUCGCGAACUUUGCUGAGAAAAGCCUCGUUCAAGUCAUCUUCCCGAUUACGUCUUGCCGACUUUGCGGAUCAGCUUAACGAGGCCCCAAGGAACGACGUGUUCUGGCCGUUGGACUUUUUACCGCAAUCCUGCCCAAACGCCAGGAUAUUUACGUGGGGCUACCACACCCUGGUUGUGGACAAGAAGCCCCUCCGGCUACAAGGCGACAUAUUUGCGCAUGCCAGCGAGUUUUUGUUUGAACUGGCUACUGCGCGGGCAGCGUUUGGGGCGCAAGCGCGUCCUCUUGUCUUCGUUGCUCAUUCCACCGGCGGUAUCAUCCUAAAAGAAAUCCUUCGCCUCGCCGACAUCGAACGCGACGGACCUCUGAAAAAUGUCCUUUUCUCGACAUCCGCCGUGGUUUUCCUCGCUAGCCCUCACCGCGCCACGGAACAUGCAUCACUUGGAGACGCUGUGACAAGUAUGGGCAGUGUGACCCUCUCUGUUGACCCGGACGAUCCUGUUUUGCCACAGCUUUGUGGUGGCAGCAGCGCUGAGAUUGAGCUUGGACGACAAUCCUUCAUCAGGCGAUGGAACGAGUUCAACUUCAGGGUCAAGACAUUCCAGGAGUCUGUUAUUCCAAGCUUUGCAGAUGCUGAUGAGCGGGCUGCCGCAACCGUACGUCGACUUGCAAGCUUCAUCGGAGACCCUCGAGAAAAGGCAACAACGAUCGGGGCUUUGCAUAACAACGUUGCUAAGUUUUGGUCGAUGGAAGAUGCGGGAUACCAAGCUUUGAUAACUUGCUUGGCUGAGUUUGUUCGGGACGAAGAGGAAAGACGUCAUGUCCUGAAUAGCGAAGAAACCGACUGCCUGGCGGCACUCGUUCCACCCCCAAUUUUUCACGCCGAGACCCCCCUGGCCGCAUCCUAUCCUGGAACCUGCCUUUGGCUAUACGAUCUGUACGACUUUCAGACAUGGCACAACCGAAGUGGCCCAGACAAGAACAAGGUCUUCUGGAUACGAGGCGAAUCUGGGUGUGGCAAGAAUAUCCUUCUCACGUCUCUACGCAGGAGGCUUGGACGACAGUGGGGCCCUGCUGGAGCAUCCAUUAUCGGCAUUACAGCACACCCGACAAGCAUCCCAGCGAGUGUCUGUCGUAGUCUUUUGGGACAGCUAUUUCUGCAGGACCCGCGUCUUCGGAAGGCAUUACUCGAACUCUAUAGGCAACCUCGAGCUGACCCGGAGGCCUUCGAUGACGCCCAAGUUUUGUCAUUCUUUUCCGAUUUUUACAUCGGCCAACCAAUCAAGACCCCCACAAGACGAACCUUCAUCCUCGUCGAGAUACCGGAUGAGGCUGGGUCGAUGUAUGUCGGAGAGGUAAUCAGUCGUCUGUCCCGUCUCGCACAUAACUCCAACUUCAGCAUAUGCGUCACCAGUGCUUACCACCCCGAAACCGAGCUGUACAAUACCAUCAGCGUCCCAAUGCACAUCCGAAACACCGACGAUAUCCUUCGUUUUGUCAGUCUCAACUUGAUGGCAGAAUGGGAGGAACGCAACCGUACAGUCAUGAUGAUUGGUCGCAAAGCAGGAGGCGUCUUUUUAUGGGCUGAGAUUGUGGUUAAUAUCGUUAAUGCGGCUAUUCUAGAAGGCGCUACUCAGGAGCUCAUCGAGUGCACCCUACAAGAGGUUUCUGGUGAUUUGCACGGGCUGUAUGAGUGGAUGUUAAGCACCUUGAACGAGAAAGAAAGGGCUGAGGCAUUGAUCCUCUUUCAGUGGGUAAUACUUGCCUCCGAGCCGAUGCGCCUGAAUGAUCUCUUCAUUGCAAUCAGACUCACCGACCCAAACCAGUUCGAACACUACAAGCGUCUCGGGCCGUUGAUGGCUCUGGAUGUUGGAGCCCCAUUUUCGAUGCGGGACCUCCGGCAACUUCGGAAUUCUGUGAUAACAUCCGACACACCCUGUCAAUUCCACAGAUGGGUACGAACCCGCUCCAUUGGUCUCCUUGAAGCCAAGUCGGAGGGAAACGAUUCCCUUGGCCUUCAACGAGUACAGGCACGUCACUGCUCCGUCCGCUCUUUCUUCCUCUCGGGCCGAGGCUUUACUUGCCUCACGUCUGGCAACAGUACCAUCCCGGCCAACCUAACCACGACCGACUUCCUCAAUAUCUCACAUUACUCCCUCCUCCGAGCUUGUCUGGCCUACCUCAAUAUGCGUGACUUUGAGAGUCUAACUCAAAGUCCCAAACCAAGCCCAAACGUCAAGUCAGCCCUUUUUCUCAACCUCAACAUUCCGCUGCGGCCCUUCUCGACGACUGCCAACCAACGCCAGCUAAUCACGUCAUCCUACCCCUUCCUUCAAUACGCCGUCUCCAACCUUAUCUUCCAUCUGUUGUCACCACAACACUUCCGCUAUUUCCUACCUCAAAAUGAGCUCUUCCUUGCCCUCUCCGCGAAUAAGUUCCACCUAUGGAAAUGAUGGACUUCACUUUUCGGGACUCAUGAUGCAGA